AUGACAGGCAGGAGGUAUAUUCUGUGGUACUACGUGGGAGGGGCAUGGAUUGUCGACGAUUCCUUCCUGGGCUGGAUGGACCUGAAGGUCGACCAUGUCACGAAUGGAAACUUGAGCGAGAUUUCCGAUCACGAUAACAACAUGUCGAACAAUAACAGGAAAUGGCCGCCGUCGCAUGUUACGCAACUGAGCAAAUUGGAAGGUUAUGAAUGA